GCGAGUGAGCUCCGGCCACGGCGGGAGGCGCCAUCCGGGGGCCGCAGGGCAGCCGCGGCGCGCCUAGCCCUCCGCGGGGCUUGCAGCCGCCUCCCCCGCCGACCCGGCCGCAUCCUUCCCGCGGCGGGGAAAGAAGCUCCCCACUCCGCGGAGCAGAGACUCCUUUUUUCCUUCUCGGGAGGGUGUCGCCACCUGGAUUGCCAAGUGUUAGGGGUCCGGGAGGCGGGGACCGGAGCACCGUGACCCACCAUGGCUCAAGCGGCCAAACAGCUGAAGAAAAUCAAAGACAUCGAGGCGCAGGCCCUCCAGGAGCAGAAGGAGAAGGAGGAAUCCAACAGGAAGCGGAGGAACCGCUCCCGUGAUCGAAAGAAGAAGGCCGAUGCUGCUACCAGCUUUCUCAGGGCAGCAAGAUCAGGUAACUUGGACAAAGCUUUGGAUCACCUGAGGAAUGGGGUAGACAUUAAUACCUGUAACCAGAAUGGGCUGAACGGCUUGCACCUGGCCUCUAAGGAAGGCCAUGUGAAGAUGGUGGUUGAACUCCUGCACAAAGAAAUCAUUCUAGAAACAACAACCAAGAAAGGGAACACGGCUCUGCACAUUGCAGCCCUUGCUGGUCAGGACGAGGUGGUCCGGGAGCUGGUCAACUAUGGCGCCAACGUCAACGCUCAGUCCCAGAAAGGUUUUACACCCUUGUACAUGGCAGCACAAGAGAACCACUUGGAAGUGGUUAAGUUUUUACUGGAAAAUGGAGCUAAUCAGAAUGUAGCCACAGAAGACGGCUUCACUCCUCUCGCCGUGGCUCUGCAGCAGGGCCAUGAGAACGUAGUGGCACACCUCAUCAACUACGGGACGAAGGGGAAGGUGCGUCUCCCUGCCCUGCACAUCGCCGCCCGCAAUGACGAUACCCGCACAGCUGCGGUGCUUCUGCAGAAUGACCCCAACCCAGACGUGCUUUCCAAGACGGGAUUUACCCCCCUCCACAUCGCAGCUCACUACGAGAACCUCAAUGUGGCCCAGUUACUCCUCAACAGGGGAGCUAGUGUCAACUUCACACCACAGAACGGCAUCACGCCACUGCACAUCGCCUCCCGCAGGGGGAACGUGAUCAUGGUGCGGCUCCUGCUGGACCGUGGAGCCCAGAUAGAAACAAGGACCAAGGAUGAAUUGACACCUCUCCACUGUGCAGCUCGGAAUGGGCACGUGCGAAUCUCAGAGAUCCUGCUGGACCACGGGGCACCCAUCCAAGCUAAAACCAAGAAUGGCUUGUCCCCAAUUCACAUGGCGGCUCAGGGAGACCACCUUGACUGUGUCCGACUUCUGUUGCAAUACAACGCAGAGAUAGACGACAUCACCCUGGAUCACCUGACCCCACUCCACGUGGCAGCCCACUGUGGCCAUCACAGAGUGGCCAAGGUCCUUUUGGAUAAAGGGGCCAAACCAAACUCCAGAGCCCUGAAUGGCUUCACCCCCUUACACAUUGCCUGCAAGAAGAACCAUAUCCGCGUCAUGGAGCUGCUGCUGAAGACAGGAGCCUCCAUCGAUGCUGUCACCGAGUCUGGCCUGACACCUCUCCACGUGGCCUCCUUCAUGGGGCAUCUGCCCAUCGUGAAGAACCUCCUGCAGCGGGGAGCGUCACCCAAUGUCUCGAACGUGAAAGUAGAGACCCCGCUACACAUGGCUGCCAGAGCAGGGCACACAGAGGUGGCCAAGUAUUUGCUCCAGAACAAAGCCAAAGUCAAUGCCAAGGCCAAGGAUGACCAGACCCCACUUCAUUGUGCAGCUCGCAUUGGCCACACAAACAUGGUGAAGCUCCUGCUAGAAAAUAAUGCCAACCCCAACCUGGCCACCACUGCCGGCCACACACCCCUGCACAUUGCAGCCAGAGAGGGCCACGUGGAAACGGCCCUGGCACUUCUGGAAAAGGAAGCCUCCCAGGCGUGUAUGACCAAGAAAGGAUUUACCCCUCUCCAUGUGGCAGCCAAGUACGGGAAGGUUAGGGUAGCUGAGCUGCUGCUGGAACGAGAUGCACAUCCAAACGCUGCAGGAAAAAAUGGCUUGACUCCCCUGCACGUGGCCGUCCAUCACAACCACCUGGACAUCGUCAAGCUGCUGCUUCCCCGGGGCGGCUCCCCGCACAGCCCCGCUUCGAAUGGCUACACCCCUUUGCACAUUGCUGCCAAGCAGAACCAAAUCGAGGUGGCCCGCAAUUUGCUGCAGUAUGGGGCAUCGGCUAAUACAGAGUCAGCGCAAGGCGUGACACCCCUUCACCUGGCUGCCCAGGAGGGUCAUGCAGAAAUGGUGGCCCUGCUACUCUCCAAACAAGCCAAUGGCAACCUGGGGAACAAGAGUGGACUCACUCCGCUCCAUCUGGUAGCACAAGAAGGCCACGUUCCAGUGGCAGACGUGCUGAUCAAACACGGUGUCACGGUGGAUGCCACCACCCGGAUGGGUUACACUCCCCUCCAUGUGGCCAGUCAUUACGGAAAUAUCAAGCUGGUGAAGUUUCUGCUACAGCACCAUGCAGACGUCAAUGCCAAGACUAAGCUAGGAUACAGCCCUUUGCACCAGGCAGCCCAACAAGGACAUACGGACAUUGUGACACUGCUUCUCAAAAAUGGUGCUUCCCCAAACGAAGUUAGCUCGAAUGGAACCACACCUCUUGCAAUAGCCAAGCGUUUGGGCUACAUUUCUGUAACGGAUGUGCUCAAGGUUGUCACGGAUGAACCCAGUGUUGUGUUAGUCAGUGACAAGCACCGGAUGAGUUUCCCUGAGACAGUAGAUGAGAUCCUGGAUGUCUCUGAAGAUGAAGGAACUGCUCAUAUAACUAUAAUGGGGGAAGAACUUGUUGGCUCCAAGGCUGAGAAGCAGGAAUCCAGGGAUAUAGAUGAAGAGAAAGAGCUGCUGGAUUUUGUGCCGAAGCUAGACCAAGUGGUAGAAUCUCCAGCCAUCCCCAGGAUUCCGUGUGUCACACCCGAGACAGUGGUGAUCAGAUCAGAAGAGCAAGAACAAGCAUCUAAAGAGUACGAUGAAGACUCGCUCAUCCCCAGCAGCCCCGCCACAGAGACCUCGGAUAACAUCAGCCCGGUGGCCAGCCCCGUCCACACAGGGUUUCUGGUGAGCUUCAUGGUGGACGCCCGGGGAGGCUCUAUGAGGGGGAGCCGUCACAACGGCCUGAGGGUGGUGAUCCCACCUCGGACAUGUGCGGCACCCACUCGCAUCACCUGCCGCCUGGUCAAGCCGCAGAAGCUGAGCACACCACCCCCACUGGCCGAGGAAGAAGGCCUGGCCAGCAGGAUCAUUGCACUGGGGCCCACAGGGGCCCAGUUCUUGAGCCCUGUGAUUGUGGAGAUCCCCCACUUUGCCUCCCACGGCCGUGGGGACCGUGAGCUCGUGGUGCUGCGGAGUGAAAAUGGCUCUGUGUGGAAGGAACACAAGAGCCGCUAUGGAGAAAGCUACCUGGAUCAGAUCCUCAACGGGAUGGACGAAGAGCUAGGGAGUCUGGAAGAGCUGGAGAAGAAGAGGGUCUGCCGCAUCAUCACCACGGACUUCCCCCUGUACUUCGUGAUCAUGUCACGGCUCUGCCAGGACUAUGACACCAUUGGCCCUGAAGGAGGCUCUCUGAAGAGCAAGCUGGUCCCCCUGGUGCAGGCGACAUUCCCAGAAAAUGCUGUCACCAAGAAAGUGAAGCUGGCUCUGCAGGCCCAGCCUGUACCAGAUGAACUAGUCACCAAACUCCUGGGCAACCAAGCCACGUUCAGCCCCAUUGUCACUGUGGAGCCACGGCGCCGGAAGUUCCACCGCCCCAUCGGGCUUCGGAUCCCACUCCCUCCUUCCUGGACGGACAAUCCACGGGACAGUGGGGAGGGAGACACCACCAGCCUGCGCCUGCUCUGCAGCGUCAUUGGAGGAACAGAUCAAGCCCAAUGGGAAGAUAUAACAGGAACAACCAAGCUCGUGUAUGCCAACGAGUGUGCCACCUUCACCACCAACGUCUCUGCCAGGUUUUGGCUGUCAGACUGUCCUCGGACUGCUGAGGCUGUGAACUUUGCCACUCUGCUGUACAAGGAGCUGACGGCAGUGCCCUACAUGGCCAAGUUUGUCAUUUUCGCCAAGAUGAAUGACCCCCGAGAAGGGCGGCUGCGCUGCUACUGCAUGACUGACGAUAAAGUGGACAAGACCCUCGAGCAGCACGAGAACUUUGUUGAGGUGGCCCGGAGCAGGGACAUAGAGGUUUUAGAAGGAAUGUCCCUGUUUGCAGAGCUCUCUGGGAACCUGGUACCCGUCAAAAAAGCUGCCCAGCAGCGGAGUUUCCACUUCCAGUCAUUUCGGGAGAACCGUUUGGCCAUUCCCGUAAAGGUGAGGGACAGCAGUCGAGAACCGGGAGGGGCUUUGUCAUUUCUGCGCAAGGCGAUGAAGUAUGAGGACACCCAGCACAUCCUCUGCCACUUGAACAUCACCAUGCCCCCCUGCACCAAGGGGAGCGGAGCCGAUGACAGGAGAAGGACUUUGACACCGCUGGCCCUGAGAUACAGCAUACUCAGCGAAUCGACACAGGGUUUUCUCAGCGGGACAGACCGAGCGGAUAUGAAGAUGGCUAUUAUAUCAGAACACCUUGGCCUCAGUUGGGCAGAGCUGGCCCGGGAGCUUCAGUUCAGUGUGGAAGACAUCAACAGGAUCCGCGUGGAAAACCCCAACUCGCUGUUGGAACAGAGCGUGGCCUUGUUGAACCUCUGGGUCAUCCGUGAAGGCAAAAAUGCAAACAUGGAGAACCUGUACGCCGCCCUGAGGAACAUUGACCGCAGUGAGAUUGUGAACAUGUUGGAAAGCUCUGGCAGACAAAGCCGCAACCUGAAACCAGACCGGCGGCGCACGGAGCGGGACUACUCGUCCUCACCCUCCCAGAUGAAUGGAAGAGCAUCCCAAGUCUGGGUGCCCUCUGGCCUGGAAAGAAGGAGGAGGAAGAGUCAGAGGUCGAAGGGUUACUCCUCGCUGCAGGACGAGCUGCUGUCCCCUGCCUCCCUGCACUACGCGCUUCCCUCUCCGCUGCGUGCAGACCAGUACUGGACCGAGGUGGCCGUCAUAGAUGCCAUCCCCUUGGCGGCCACGGAGCAUGACGCCAUGCUGGAGAUGUCUGACAUGCAGGUGUGGUCCGCGGGCCUCACACCCUCUCUGGUCACUGCUGAGGACUCCUCUCUGGAGUGCAGCAAGGCCGAGGACUCUGAUGCCACCGGCCACGAGUGGAAGCUGGAGGGGGCAUUCUCCGAGGGACCCCAGGGCCCCACGCUGGGCUCUCUGGACCUUGUGGAGGACGACACAGUGGAUUCAGAUGCCACAAAUGGCCUUAUCGAUUUGCUUGACCAGGAGGAAGGUCAGAGGUCAGAAGAGAAGCAGCCAAGUCAUAACAGGCAGGAGGACUCGACAGGUGCAGGGCAGGACUCAGAGAAUGAAGUGUCUCUUGUUUCAGGCCAGCAGAGGGUGCACGCCCACAUCACAGAAUCCCCCACCGUGAGUCGGGUGAUGGAGACCAGCCAGGACAGACUGCAGGACUGGGAUGGAGAAGGUUCCAUUGUCUCAUACCUGCAAGAUGCUGCACAAGGUUCCUGGCAAGAGGAGGUCACGCAAGGCCCACACUCAUUCCAGAGAACAGUCACCACCAUCAAAGGGCUGGAGCCCAGUGGGUCUCGGGAGUAUGAGAAGGUCCUGGUGUCUGCGACUGAGCACAUGCAGCUAGAGCAGCCCGAGGCUGAGAGCCUACAGGCUGACAGGGAACAGAGACAACAAGGACACCGAGAGUGGGUGCAGGAGUCCAGGAGCACAUUCUCCCAGGUGGUGAAGGGAAGUGAGCUUCAGAAUAUUCCAGGGGAGCAGGUGACUGAGGAACAAUUCACAGAUGAUCAGGGCAACAUUGUCACCAAGAAGAUCGUACGCAAAAUUGUUCGGCAGAUAGACUCGUCUGGUGCCGAUGACACCCAGGAGCAUGAGGAGGUGGAGCUGAGAGGGAGGAGCCUGCAGCCGCCGGACCUGAUAGAGGGCAGGAAGGGGGCUCAGAUAGUGAAGCGGGCCAGCUUGAAAAGGGGGAAACAGUGAUCUCGAGCAAACCCCCGCCCUCGAAUGGCCUCUUUGGAGGAUCACACCUCGACACCCAACCCUUGAACUCCACACACUCUGCCAUGCACACAGGAGGAGAGCUGGACCGGAGGGCUCCACAAGCGGCACACGUGUUCCUCUAGGCUAACGGCAUGGUCUCCGUAAGGGACUUCCUUUAGUCUCCUAUUCGCAUGAACGACUGACUGUAGACGCAUGACCUACAGUCCUCAAUCCUGCCUCUAGCGACGACGACGACGGAUCUCUGUCGGGAAUCAGGACAAAAGCAGCAAGAAGUGGGGAGAGAGAGAGGGAUAGAAAAAACAAAUGCAAGUGAGCGCAUGAAUGCAGACGUGAACAAGGGCUCUUUGUGGCUGGAGAUGAUAUAUAUUUUUAAAUCAUUUUAAUUUCAACUUCUUACAGGGUACUUAUUUUUUUUUCAACCUCAUCUGUAAGAAAUCCUUGUGGGCUUCCUGGAAAGGAAGAAAAAAAGAAAAUGUGGGCUUCCUGGAAAGAACUAGACAUGAAAUCAGUUCAGCACCUCUUACUCCCAUGUCCUCAUCUGCCAGCCUUCCCUACCCACACACAUCUCCAUUCCAUUUGUGGUAGUGCCCUCCCUCUCCCCAGUGGACUGCUCCCCCCAGAACGCUCUACACGACAUUCAGGACACACACACCUCUCCCCUCUACUCAGUAUACACACAGAUUUUACUGUGAUGUCUGAAGCUGUAUAGAAUCUCCUGUGGAUAAACUGGAAUUUUUUAUGUUCUCUCUCUCUCUCUCUCUCUCUCUCUCUCUCUCUCUCUCUCUCUCUCUCUCUCUCUCUCUCUCUCCCAGUUUCAGUAUUAAUCAUCUUCCAAUGGAAAAUCAUUACCUUUAGAGUGCAUUCGGGGUUCCUUGUGUUAGGGACUUAAGAAUCCGAGGUGAGGACCCCAGGCUUAGCUAUAGGGCUCAAAGGGAGCCAGUGCCCCAUCUGAAGGGUCUUCUCUCUCAGUUGGUGGCUGUGCCAGGAUUGCACCAGCAUGUUCAGUAGAGAAGAGGUUUUCUAUAUCUUGAAGCACUUAUAUCAUAGUCUGUGUUCAAAGUGUAAACUGUACAGUAAUCAGCCUUGUGUAUAUGAAAAAUAAUAAAUACUAUGCAAACCAAUAGAAACACUUUAGCAGUAUGUGCAAAGCACUAACAGCUCAGCUCCUGAGGACUUCUCCAGGCUGCAGGAGAAGGAGCUACAGCCUGUCUUUCAGUGAAAGAGGAAGGAAGGGAAUAGGGCUGGUGAAUGUAUGUGCGGGUUCUCAGAGGUCAGCCACCACCCCCCAAGGUCUCCCAGAGCGAACUUGGUGCUCUAAGUCCUGGCAGCCCGCAGGAUGGGGGGGCCAGGCUGGACAGCCUCGGUGCCCCCACUCUGACCAAUCCCCUCAGCCCCACCUGGAGAGGUGGGGGAAGGGCCGACUCCUGAUCACAGCCCAAGGGAGGAGAGCCGGAGGAGGAGAGAGCCGCUGAGCAGCAGGAGGCCCUGGGCUGAGAAGGAGACCCUCCUAGGCCAGGCCCCCCGGUCAGGGCAGGAAGGAAACACACAGCUGGUUGUUCCUCGCCUCGGCGCCACCAGGGAAGAGCCUUAAAGCUACACUAGAGCCCCCGGCAGGGGGAGGCCCGAAUCAGCACAAUCCGGCCCCGCCCUGCGCGGCGGGCGCCCUCCUGGGCCAGAGAGACUGGCAGGCUCUGCUGGCUGUCACAGAGCCCCUGCUUGUGGCUGUCCAGUCACCUUCCUCCCUGCCGCUCUUCUGACGUGUCCUCAGAACACAUUCACACCUUCCAAGUAGCACAGAAGCUCCCUCAGUGUCCGAGCCCCCACGGUCCUGGUGCCCGGUGCCGGCCGCACAGGUACCGGCGGAGCGGGCGCAGUGGGGCGGCCGCGCGGAGUGGGGAACCCAGGCUCAGCGGAGUCCUCGCCGGCCCGGCCGAGGCGCUCCUGCCGAUCCGGGCGGUUUCGCUUUUGCUUUCAGAGGGGCAGGCCAGGGAGGGAAAGGCCAGGCUCGCAGCCUCAGGCCCCCAGGGCUGUGACCAAGCAAGCGCAGCCCCCGCCCGGCCUCCCUGCGGGGCCGAAGCGCAGGGCUUCUCCGCCGCGGGCGGUGCGGCUCGGCUGGAGCGCGCGCCCGUCCCCGGGCACCUUCGGCCCCGCCAGCUGGUCCAGGGAAGACAGGCGCAGGGCCGGCCUCCCGCCUCGAUCCUGUACCUUCCUGCCCCAGUCCGCCGCUGCAGCCGUCCCCAGUAGCCCCCCUCAGAGCCCCGCGUGGACCCGCGGCCCCAGGCUAUGCUUUGGCACCUUCCGCUCCGUCCGGCAUGGCUGCUUGGCCGGGUAGCCCCGGGUCCUCGGCGGCAUGGCUGCCUGCUCCGGUUGCUAGUAGGAGCUGUUAGGGGAGGAGUUUGGGGUCUCCACACGAUGCCUAGAGAAUGCUGCAGUCUGCACAUUAGACGCUUUUUAGAAGUUUUGGAAUUACCUUGAUUUUUCUAAUUGUUAUGAAAUGAAUCUUUUCUUGACUCUCUCCAACAUGAUCUGUAAUCGGGAGAGAAUUCCCCGUACCCACUCUGAUGUAUAGACCAUUCUCCCUACACCAGCUGAACAAAUGUCAAAAUUAAAGAAAUUGACUCAUGG